AUGGAUGGAAGGAAUGAUGUUACGAUAGCUGCUGCUUUGGAAGCGAUGACUCAGGCUAUGCAGAACCAACUAAAUGCUGACGAGAAUGCUGGAUCUCGUAGUUUGGUGACUUUCCAAAGGGAGAAUCCGCCAAUGUUCAAGGUGAAGAGGUGUUACCAUUGUGAUAAGACGGGACACAUGUCUUCUGAUUGUAAGCAUAAGGAUGUUGUUUGCUUUAACUGUGGUGUGGAGGGGCAUAUUGAUAGCCAGUGUCAGAAGCCAAAGAAGACAGCUGUAGGUGGUAAAGUGUUGGCUUUGUCAGGAACUCAGACAUCUAGUGAGGACGGUCUUGUUAGAGGUACUUGUUUGAUUAAUAGCAUUCAUUUAAUUACUAUUAUUGAUACUGGUGCCACUCACUCUUUUAUUGCUGCUGAUUGUGUGAAAAGAUUGGGUCUUACUUUGUCUGCUUGA